AUGAGAACCAGUUUGAUUGGAGCACUGGUUGCGACCUCCGCUUCGUUAGCACAAGCAGAAGAAUUUUUAGUGCGCCUAAAAGCACCUAGGACUUUGGCGAAAGCUGUUGAAUCCCGAAUAAGUGAUGGCAUAUUAGAUGUUUUCUCCGAAGGUAAAAUUCUGAGGACAUUUUCCUUUGGCAAAUUCGAAGGAUUGACUGUCGACUUUCCUCUCAGUCUUGUCUCGAAGCUCCGAGGUAAUCCUUUAAUAGCAGAAAUCGUUCCUAAUGUUGAGUUCAACGUUUUCGAUGCUGUUGAGGGGCUCGAAGGCUGGGGCGAUGACGAAGACGAAGAUGGUGACUAUGAUGACGACAAUGAGGAAGGAGAGGACGAAGGUGACGAUGAUGUUCUGAGCAUUGUAGCUCAAAAAAAAGCCCCACGUCACUUGGCUCGCAUAUCGCGGCGGACUGCCCUUCCUUACGAUCCUGAGAACAUUUCUGUGCCGGCCACGAAUUUUAGUUACUAUUAUGAUGACGAAUUCUCAGGUACCUGUGUCAAUGCUUACGUAAUUGACACAGGUAUCUACAAGGAGCACCCGCAGCUCGAGGGCCGUGCUAAAUUUGGGGCUGAUCUUGUGGGAGAAGGCCCCGGGGACUUUAACGGACACGGCACGCACGUUGCGGGGCUUAUUGGUUCCAGGAAAUUCGGCGUCGCCAAAGACGUUUCUUUGAUCGAGGUGAAGGCUUUGAAUGCAAAGGGCCAAGGUAAUCUGACGUCGGUUAUCAGUGCCAUUGAGUUCACUGUGAAUCACUGUCGCAAAAGUCGGCGCGGUUGCGUUGCAAAUUUGAGCCUUGGUUCCUUUAGAAACACAGUUUUGAAUCAGGCUGUAGAGGCUGCCCUUGAAGCGGGGGUAGUAAUUGUGGUUGCCGCAGGAAACUCUAAUGCCAACGCCUGCUGGAGCAGUCCUGCGUCCUCGCUAUCCGCGAUUACUGUCGGGGCGUUUGAUGAUCGAACCGAUACAAUUGCCAGAUUUUCUAAUUGGGGCAAUUGUGUUGAUAUCUUUGCUCCUGGGGUCAAAAUUGAAUCUUUGUCAAACGUGCCGCCUUUCAAGCCGGUAGCAUUUUCAGGUACCUCGAUGGCUUCGCCCAUUGUAUCUGGAAUGGUGGCUAACUUGCUAGACAGCGGGAUUCAUCCUUUUGAUAUUAAGACCGAACUGAUCGACCUGGCAACCGAUUCUGUAUUUCACAAAAGAACGCUGCUUUUUAAGCCCGGGACACCAAACCGCGUUGCAUUCACAGGCAUUGACAAGACAGAUGACGUUUACGAAGACGCAGUGUACCCAAGUGUCGACAUAGAUCGACUGGUUAAAGACUUACAAAGCUACAACAGCGACGGGCACGUUGCAGAGGACGAUGCUACGCUGCCCCUUGGAGAAAUUAAAAUUAAAAAAAGGUCGCAAAUAGUCACCACGCUCGCGCCUCCACAUCUAUCACCACAUUCUCAACUUGCGUAG